AUGGAGUCGGCGGCGCUCGUGGCGCCGGUGACGGCGCUGGAGUUCGCGGGGGACGUGCUGCUGGCGGGUACCGGCCCGGAGGUGGCGGCGUUCCGGUUGAGCGGCGGCGGGUCGCCAGCGGGCCGGCGGAGCGUGCUGCGUGAGGCCAGCGUGCAGGGGCUGAGGGCCGAGCCCGGCACCGGGACAGCGGUGCGGGUUGUGGCCUUCGGCGGGCGCUGGCUGGCGGUGCUGGCGGUGCGGCGGUGCGGUGCGGGCGGCGAGGGGGUGCUGACGGCGUGCGGCGGUGGGGCGGUGCGGGAGCUGGGGGCGUGGGUGUGGGAGGCGCGGUGGGCGGUGGGCGGGCGGCUGGCGCUAGCGCUGGGCGGUGGGACCGUGGGGCUGUACGAGUGGCGGGGCGGCGGGCACUGGCUGCGGUGGGCCGGCUGCGGCGGGGCCGGGGCGCUGCGCUGCGCCGUGCUGGCGGGGACGGGCUGGGAGCGGCUGGCUCUGGCGGCGGGGACGGCGGCGGGGCCUGUGGUGGUGUGGCGGGCGGCAGAGGCGGCGGCCCCGCGACGGCGGCUGCUGGGGCACCGGGGCGCGGUGCUGGCGCUCUGCUACUCGGCGCCGAGGGGGUUGCUGGCCUCCGCCUCCGAGGACCGCAGCGUGCGGCUGUGGGCGGUGGGCGAGCUGGGCGGGGAAGGGAACGGGAACGGGGAGGGCUCCUGCCUGCUGGUAUGUUAUGGGCACGGGGCGCGGGUGGCAGCCGUGGCGUUGCGGGGACCAUGCCUGGUCAGCGCCGGGGAGGACGGAGCCUGCCUGGAGUGGGACGGCGGCGGCGGCGUGCGGCGGGCGCGGCGGGGUCACCACGGAGCUCUGCGCGCCGUGGCCCUGCGCCCCGCCGGCGGCUGCCUCGCCACGGGCGGCGACGACGGCGGCGUCCGGCUCUGGAGGCCCCAACGGGCGGCCCCGGUGGUGGCGGCGGCGCUGGGGGCCCCGGAGCGGGCGCGGGCCGUGCUGCUGGUGGGACCGCGGCAGGUGCUGGUGCUGGGCGAGGCGGGCGGUCUGUCGGCCUACGAGACGGCGACGGAGCGUUGGUUGCCGGUGCUGCCCCCCGCCGCCGUCGGGCCCCGGGGGAUGCUGGCGGCCGCCCCCUUACCCGGCGGGGCUGAGGUCCUCUGCGCCCUGGGCACUGGCGACGGCCGCAUCCUCCUCUUCGCCCUGGGCCGACCCGGGGCCGCCGCCGAGCUGAGGCUGUUCGAGGGGGCCGUGCGUGGGCUGGGCUGGGCCCAACACCCAGGGCUGCCCCCCGCUGCCACCUCCCUCCUGGCCUCUGGGCCUGACGGGGAGGUGCUGUGGCUGGAUGUCACCCACUGUCCCGGCCAGGUGCCCCAGGUGCAGCUCAGGGGACGUUACCAGCUGCCCCCCUGCAAGCAGCGCUGGCACACCUGCGCAGCCUUCCUGCCCCAGGGGGGACUCCUGCUCUGCGGGGACCGCCGGGGCUCCCUCCUCCUCUUCCCUUGCAGCAGCUCCCUGGGGCAGGCUGCAGGAAGCACUGGCAUCUCCAAUGGCAGCCCUGAUCUGGUCAGUGAAGACUCCAGCAGUAACUCAGAGCACUCUUGCUUGCUGCACAAAGAAGUUCUUCCCCUUGAGAGCCCGCUGUCCUUACUCUUCGGGCUCCACGGGAAGACAGGGGUUACCUCAGUGACCUGCCAUGGGGACUACAUUUACAGCACCGGCCGGGACGGUGUGUACCGGCAGCUCCGCCUGCAGGGCCAGCAGCUGGAGGUGCUGCAGAAGCACAGGCCCUGCAAGGGGCUGCAGUGGAUUGAGAAGCUGUGCUUCACCCCAGAUGGGGACCUGCUCGUGCUGGGCUUUCAUGCAGACAACUUUGUGGUCUGGAGCAGCAGGACUAACGAGAACCUCCACUGCAUCCCCUGUGGCGGGGGGCACCGAUCCUGGAGCUACUGCAGCAGCUCCUCAGACGAGGCCUUCGCCUUCAUCAAAUGUGGGGAUGUGAUGCUGUACCACCACGAGGCCAAGCCCUGUGAGCAGCAGGUGCUGCUGCCGUCCCUGCAUGGUCGGGAGAUCUCUUGCGUGAGACGCCUGGGGGCAGUGGGGAUGCCCGGCCACCCUGCCCUUAACGUCUUCAUCACUGGCAGUGAGGACACCAUGGCCUGUGUCCUGGCCCUGAGCGAGGGCUCCCGGGCGGCCAUACCCCUCACCCGGCUCACUGACCACAUCUCCAGUGUCAGGGCGCUGGCACUGGCCCACACUGCAGGACCCAGCGAUGAGGGCUUUGACAAGGGCUUGUCUGCCCUGCUUUUCUCUGCGGGGGGCCGGGCACAGAUCGAGUGCAACCGGGUGGUGUGUGCCAGGGACCCAGCCUCCGAGAGCAGUGUGGCCUGCCAGGUCAUCCAUGUGGCCUCACACCGGCUGGAUGAGCACUGGGAGCGGAAGAAGAACAGGCACAAGCUUGUCAAGAUGGAUCCAGAGACAAGGUACAUGUCUCUCUCAGUCAUGCCUGAUACUAGCUCUGAGCAGCUGCCAACGCCCUGGAAGUUCCUGGCUGCUGCCUGCAGUGAUGGAUCAGUCCGGGUCUUUGGGCUGCUGGAGGCUGCCCAGAAGCUAGUCCUGGUCGCUGAGUCGUUUCACCAUGAGCGCUGUGUGCUGAAGGUGGAGGCAUUCCUGCACACGCAGGCAGGAGGGGAGAGGAGGCACCUCCUGUGCAGUGCAGCCACUGAUGGCAGCGUCGCCUUCUGGGACAUCACCAGCCCCAUCGCGGAGGCAACGACUGCCCUGCACCGAGCGGAGGGAGAGCUCCAGCCCCUGGCCCUAGGCUCCCCGUUGCUCACCAUCAUGGCCCACAGCUGUGGUGUGAACAGCCUCCACAUCCACAUGACGCUGGAGGGACAGUACCUGGUGGCCAGUGGCAGUGAUGAUGGCUCCAUUCACAUCUGCCUGCUGAAGGUGACCCUGAGUGGGGGUGAGGUGACAACAGGAACCUGCAUGCAUGUCCUGCAGCGGGUGGCCAAGCCCUGCGCCCAUGCCGCCCACGUCACGGGCAUACGGGUGCUGCGACCGGACCUGCUGCUCUCUGCCUCAGUGGACCAGCGCCUGACACUGUGGCACCACAGCCCGGGCAGGCUGGACCCCCUCAGCACCACCUUCUUCCAUGUGCCUGACUUGGCUGAGCUGGACUGCUGGGAGGUGGUAGAUGCUGGGGGGAUGCUGCGGUACUGCUGUGUGCUCUGUGGGUAUGGCCUGGAGAUGCUGCAUGGCAUAGCCCCCCCCAAGUCCCCUCUGCCAGAGGCUCCCUUGUGACAGGGCAGGCUUGUGGUGCUCCCCUGGGAAGGGCACCCUGGACUUGUGUUCUGCC